CUUAUGUCAAAACUGGCAAAAACUGGUCAAAACACAAGUACUGCAACUAUAUUUGUUUUACUUAACUUAAACGUGUAAAACUUGCAACGCUUUUUAAACCAAUGUGCCAUGGAUACCGACGAUAUAGUCGCUCAAUCCACAUUUUCAAUGUUAGAAGGAAAAAUCGACUGUCGUAUUUUAAAUACCCUAAAGAUAAUGGGUUUUGAAAAACCUACUGAAAUUCAAGCUAAAAUCCUUCCGCAUCUCUUAUUGGGAAAAGAUCUCAUAGGAGCAGCGAAAACCGGUAGUGGGAAGACUUUGGCUUUUCUAAUUCCAGUGGUUGAAAACUUACUUAGACUAAAAUUCACUUCAAAGCAUGGUGUGGGUUGUGUUAUAAUAUCACCUACAAGAGAGUUAGCAUUACAAACAAAUGAAGUCUUGAAGAGAUUGCUUGCUGAAAUUGAUUUAUCACAUAUAUUAAUUGUUGGAGGGGUAAAAAAACAUAAAGAAAUAAAACUAUUACAAAAAGGUAUCAAUAUCAUAGUGAGUACUCCUGGACGAUUGCUGGACCAUUUGCAGAAUACUGAAUUUAAUUUUAAAAAUAUGAAGUACCUAAUCUUAGAUGAAGCGGACAAGUUGCUGGAAGCUGGCUUUGAGAAGCAUAUUGCUGGAAUCAUAAAGUUAUUACCUGAGGAUAGACAAACAGCAUUAUUUAGUGCAACAAUCGAUGACAAGAUUAAGAAUCUUGCUAGACUGGCAAUGAAAAGUAGUCCAAUGCUGAUUUCAGUGCAAGAUAAUGUUAGAACUACAGUAAAGGGGCUGCAACAAGGAUAUUUUAUAUGUCCAAUUGAGGAAAGGAUUCCUUGGUUGCAUAAAAUGUUGAAGAAAUGCAAGAAACUUAAGGUGAUGGUGUUUUUUUCAUCCUGCAAAUCUGUGGACUUUCAUUAUGAGUUUUUUAAAUGUUAUUGCAAAGCACAAGUUAUAAGUAUACAUGGUAAACUUAGUCAAGCCAAUAGAAAAGAAGCAUACAGAAGUUUUGUCGAAGCAAAUACUGGUGUACUAUUUUGCACGGAUGUUGCAGCGAGAGGUUUAGAUAUACCUCAUGUUGACUGGAUUGUACAAUAUGACCCACCUACAGAUGUAAAGGAGUAUAUCCACAGAGUGGGUCGUACAGCUAGAGGUAGUAAUACAUCAGGCAAUGCCGUAAUACUUCUAAGGCCAGACGAAGAGGAAUUCGUUAAUUUUCUGAAGAUGAAAAAAGUUUAUUUAGACAAAUAUAAUUUUGAAGUACCUUCUAGUGGAGUAAUACAAAUGUUACAAGAUUUAAUAAAAGAUAAUGGAGUAAUGAGGACAUUAGCAAGAAAGGCAUAUCUUUCCUUUUUAAGGUGCUAUAAGAAACAUCCAUUGAACAAAUUGUUUAACAUCAAUAACAUGGAUUUAGAUGCUGCAGCGAAAGGAUUCGGAUUUUUAGAAAGACCACAUAUAGAUUUUUUACAUAACAAGAAGAAUUAAUUGAAAUAAUUCGUCUACAUGAAAGAUUUACAAAACUACAUGUUAUAUAUAUCUUUUUUAUUACAAAAGGUGGCAAAUGAGCAAGCAUAUAUAU